AUGCCCGAGUCGUGGUCUAAUGCCAUGGACGGGCUUGGGGAGGUGGAGGGCCUCCCCGAGGUGGAGACCGUGCAGCAGUUUAGGCUCAUCUCUGCAGACAUUCCGUUGAAAAUCGACAGGGAUGCCCUGGCACUGGACAUGCAGAAGGACGAACACUUGCCAUCCCUAGUGUAUGCAGAGGACCUGCUGUCAGGCACUGAUGUGUAA